AUGGUUUUGAAAAAAAGUCUCUACCACUCUGAUAUCUUCAAACCCGCUCAGACAUACGCGGUGUUGUUGAAAGCGAAAGACGGAGGCAACUCAGGUGGGUCGACAGUAUUGAGAAUCACGAUUGAAGAUGUCAACGAUCACGUACCUGUGUUUGAUUCAAAAUAUUACAACGCAGUCGUCGUUGAGUCAUCUCCUCGAGGAACGCAUGUCACCAGCGUGCACGCCAGCGACGAAGAUGGAGGACCGGCUGGCUCUCUCACCUACCGACUCUUCAACCCCCCUCGCCAGAUCCAAUUAUUAUUUGCUCUCGAUAACAAAACUGGUGAAAUAACGCUGAAAAGUAAUUUGCUCGACAGAGAAAAAACUCCCAAGUUACAAUUCAUUGUCGCGGCAGUUGAUUCAAGCGACAGACCGUUGUCCAGCACUGCGCAGGUUGUUGUGGAUGUGUUCGACAUCAACGACAACUCUCCGACCAUUUCAAAACUGUCAGGAUCGAUGAAGGUGCUGGAGAACUCGAUGGUUGACACGUUAGUGAACGCGGUUGAGGUCAACGAUUUAGAUGAUGGAGCCAAUGGAAACGUCCUGUGCUACUUGGAUGGCGAUGACACUGACAAUUUCAUUUCCAUUCAGAAUGUAGGAAGGUUUACUAUCAAUGUUGCUAAAAUUUUGGACGUAGAGAAAACUCCAGAUAUCAAUUUUACAUUAAUCUGCAGAGACAAUCCAAUUUUAUUGAACACAUCUCUCACUUCGAGCCAGAGCAUUGUGGUUACUGUGAUUGAUGUCAACGAUAAUGUACCUCAGUUCGAAAGAAACGAUUACAUUUUCUCUUUGAAAGAAAACUCGCCAUCCGGGAUAUUUGUGGGAACGAUCAAGGCAACUGACCUGGAUCAAGGAGAUAACGGAGCAGUCACAUACCGACUAAUUAACGAUUCGACUCUAUAUUUCUUCAUGGAACCAAAUAUAGGAACGAUUCGUUCGAAAGUGUCAUUUGACAGGGAGCACAGCGUAUGUUACUUGACAUUAAUCGUCGAAGCGAGUGACCACGGCGAUCCGAGCCUCACCAACACAACAACAGUCAUUGUCAUCGUUGAUGAU